ACUUUUCAAAAUGAGUAUAGAUUCUUGUUACCAGGGUAUAAUAGAAAAGUUAACUUUACAAGGCAAAGUAAAAGAAAUAUCUGAGAAACUGUUAACUUGUAAAACAAAUGCGGACAGAGUUCUGCAACUUUAUGAUGUUAUUAGUGAUUUAAAUGCCUUCCCAGAACCACUUGAGGUAAGUAAGUCAACUGAUUUGUCUUUAUACUACCGUAACCGUGGCAACGAGUGUUUCAAGAAAUCUCAAGACUUUGAGGCCUGGCAAUACUACAAUUUGUCCUUACUCCAUGCUCCUACGAGCUCAGAUGAUUAUGCAUUAGCUUUGUCCAACAGAUCAGCUGUGUUUUUCUCUUUAAAAAAGUAUAAGGAAUGCCUAAAAGAUAUUAAAAUGGUACUAACUUUAAAUUACCCAGAAAAGUUAUAUGAGAAGCUUGUUAAAAGACAAAAGUCGUGUGAAGAGUGCCUUAAAUUGGAUCUGAAUAACUUAAAAAGUUCAAUUUCUGAAAGAUCUCAGGAAAUUGAUGAAAUAACAAAAUUAAAAAGUCCAAGAGAUAGCACCUAUUUGUGCACUAGUAACAAACUCCAAGUGGCAUACAGUUCGGAGAUGGGGAGACAUGUCAUUGCCAAAGAGGAUAUUAAAGUUGGGGAAGUAUUAGUCGAAGAAGAUCCAUAUUUCAUCUUAUUGCAAAAAAAUGAAUAUUUAUUCAGUUGCAGCUAUUGUUUGUCAAGAGACAUGAAUCUUAUUCCUUGUGAUAAUUGUUGUUUCACUUUAUUCUGUAGCAAAGAAUGUAAGAAUAAAGCAGAGAAGGACUAUCAUUCUAUUGAAUGUCCGUUAAUGGCUGCUCUUAUUGAUCUGCAAUUCACUAAAUUGGAAUUGCUUGCAUUGAGAACCACUAUAAAAGCCCGCAAUGACCAUCCAGACUGGGAAAGUCUGUUCAAGACAAUUGAAGAUGCUGAAUCAAAAUUAAACUCAGAAAAUAGAGGUUGCAUUUUACAAGAUAAUAAGUGGAUUUAUGAUUCAAAAUAUUAUGCAUCUAUUCAUACACUGGCUACAAAUAUUGAGAGGCGAUCCAAUUCUGAUGUGUUUCUAAAAGCUGUGACUGCUGCGGUUUUUUUGAAAUUUUUGUCGGACAGAACACGUUUUCUCAAUAAUAAUGAAAAAGCCCGUAGAUGCGUAUCUGAUUUGUUACUGCUGCAUAUUAUGACAAGUGCUACGAAUAUGCAUGGAUUGAGUUCGAGCAUUGAGAAUGCAGAGGGCAAUUUUGUUGAAGAGUUGAGUAUAGCGAGUGCUCCAUAUGCCUUCCACAGUCUUCUUAACCAUUCUUGUGCUCCCAAUGUCGUGCGGUUCUGUAAACUGGGCUCUGGGAAGAUGACUUUGUUUGCUCUCCGGCCAAUCAAGAAGGGAACACAAAUUUUUGAUAACUAUGGAGCUCACCACGCUCUCCAAGAUCUGAAGACGCGGCAAGCGGAUCUCAAAUUCCAAUACAAAUUCAUAUGCGUUUGCGAGGCUUGUGUCAAUGAUUGGCCGACUUACCUAACUAUGAAGAUGUCAUGUAAGACAAAAGUCCCAGUAAACCUCGUCGUACGCAAGGAACAACUUUUAAAUCUCGCUAUUAUAGAUAAACUGCAGAAAGGAGAUAUAGAUACGGCAGUAAAUAUUUUUAAGCCUCUCUGCGCGUUGACCGAGGUGUUGGACGCGUUUGCCCCUAACGUAGAACUGGCAGAUUGCCAAGAAACGCUUAAACAGUGCCUUGCUAUCUUUGGGGGACUAGUGCCUUAUGGAUAUAGUAGACUUAUUGAAUGGGACGCUAAAUAUAAGAAGAAGAGUAGUAUUAACAAGUUUUUGAAGGGCACAUAUUUUUCAAGCUAAUAUAAAAAGGGUAGGUAUAUUGGCGAUUAAUACUUAGCGUUUAUACUGUUUUUAUUAAUAUAAUUAACAUUGGUGAUUGAUUGGUGAGUGCGCUGGUGGCCUAGCGGUAAGAGCGUGCGACUUGCAAUCUGGAGGUCGCGGGUUCAAACCCCGGCUCGUACCAAUGAGUUUUUCGGAACUUAUGUACGAAAUAUCAUUUGAUAUUUACCAAUCGCUUUUCGGUGAAGGAAAACAUCGUGAGGAAACCGGACUAAUCCCAAUAAGGCCUAGUUUCUCCUCUGGGUUGGAAUGUCAGAUGGUAAUCGCUUUCGUAAAAACUAGUGCCUACGUCAAUUCUUGGGAUUAGUUGUCAUUGUCAAGCGGACCCCAUGCUCCCAUGAGCCGUGGCAAAAUGCCGGGAUAACGCGAGGAAGAAGGAGAUUGGUGAUUGAUGAAAAAAGUUGUGCCAUAAGUCAGUUAAGCAAUCAAAAAGUGAUAAAUUAUUCGCGUGUAAACAUAUAUAAGUAUUUUUAUAAACUUAUAGUAGAAACUAAGAAAAAGAAAAUGAGUUUGAUAUUAUAAAUAAUAUUUUAUUGUUGUUUAGUAGACAGUUGUUUAUGUUGUGUUUCUAAACAAACAAAGCUUUAGAUACAGUUGUUAAAUACUACAAGGAUAUUGCAUAACAGCCGUAAUAUUUAUAUUAGGC